GGAGGCCGGGGAGGAGUCGGGGCCUGCAGUGGAGCCGCAGCCCGGAGCAGCAGCUGCGGGAGCGGUGGGGCCUGGAGAGACUCAGCGCCAUUCGGCUGGGGCCCCCCGGAGCCCGGGGAGCCCUCUGGGGACGAAGCUGAGGCGCAGCAGAAGGCGGCGGAGGCAAUUGCUCUGUUUCGCGAGCCGCUGUGGCCUCCCGUGGUAGCCGGGCCCGGGCAAGAGGAGCUGGGGCCUGGGGGGAAGCCAGGGACGGCCUCCGGGCAGCCGGGGUGGGGGAACACCCCCGUAUUCCGCUGGGGUGGGGGAGAGACUGCCCGCCUGCUCCAUCCGUAGCCGGGAGGGAAGCACCUGGUCGGGCAGCCCUGCUCGCAGCCGGAGCACCCGGUGGGCCCUUGUCGAGGGUGGACCUGCCGGCCCCUUCCACGUUAACUAGCUAAGGGGAACCUAGCAGUGGCUCCCAACCCCGCUAACUAGCUGAGGGUGGGCACAGGGCACAGCUGCAAAUCCCGAUAGAGAAGCAAAUCUACUCUAACCUCGAAGUGGAAGAGAACCUCCUGGAGAUCCUUUGAUACCUAUAAGCUCUUGGAAUAGCUGUCAACAAGACUCUCUGAGGAUGGCUCUCAGAGAAGAAGUGUGAAGAACAGCACCCCCAGAAAUCAACAGUGAAGAUAAUCUGCCUCCCUCUGAAAAAUCUUCCAGACAAAAUACAGCUGCUUCCAGUAUCAUGGCCUCUGACCUGGAAAGCAGCCUCACAUCCAUAGACUGGCUCCCACAACUUACUUUAAGAGCUACUAUUGAAAAACUAGGGGGUUCCUCGCAAGCAGGACCUCCAGGGGCUGCCCGAAAGUGUCCUCCGGGCUCACCAACAGAUCCCAAUGCUACUCUCAGUAAGGAUGAGGCUGCAGUGCAUCAAGAUGGCAAGCCACGUUACAGCUAUGCCACCCUGAUCACAUAUGCAAUCAACUCAUCCCCUGCCAAGAAGAUGACACUUAGUGAGAUUUACCGUUGGAUCUGUGACAACUUUCCCUACUACAAAAAUGCUGGUAUUGGUUGGAAGAACUCAAUUCGUCAUAACCUCUCUCUGAAUAAGUGUUUUCGGAAAGUGCCUCGACCAAGGGAUGAUCCGGGGAAGGGCUCUUAUUGGACAAUAGAUACGUGUCCGGAUAUAUCUCGCAAGAGGCGGCAUCCUCCUGAUGAUGACAUACCACAAGACUCCCCAGAGCAAGAGGCAAGUAAGAGCCCCCGAGGGGCUGUUCCAGUCAGCACAGAAGCCUCUUUGCCACCUGAGACUACCCCUCAGCUGUCACUCCAGAGCACUACCCCCAUUGCCAACUACAGUCAGCAAUCUGCAGGGCCUGUGGAUGUUGCCUCUACUGUAGCAGGGGGACAGGGCCGUGAAGGGGCUGAUGUACCUCCCCCACUGUACAGUGCCAACCAUGACUUCAAGUUCUCCUACUCCGAGAUCAACUUUCAGGAUCUUAGCUGGUCCUUCCGAAAUCUCUACAAAUCCAUGCUGGAGAAAUCAUCUUCCUCUCAGCACGGUUUCUCCUCUCUCCUUAGUGACAUGCAGCCCUCCAACCACAACUACUACAUGUACCAGCAGCAGCAGCAGGGCCCCUCAGCAGUGGGUGCCGCUCCACCACUCCACACUCCAACUCCAGAGGGUUGCCCAUCCCAAGGAGGAAAGCAGCAGGGUGGUGAAAGUUAUGGCCCUCCACCAGUGAUGUCCAUGCACCCUCCCCCAAUGCAGCACGGAGGCUACCAUCAGCAUCAACAUCACCCGCACUCUCACCCACAGCAGCAGCCACAUCAGCACCAGCAGCAGCAGCAGUCACAGGCUUCAAUCAACAAUGCUGGCUUUGCAUUUCCCCCUGAUUGGUGCUCCAGCAUUGAUUCCCUGAAGGAGAGCUUCAAGAUGGUAAACCGGCUGAACUGGUCUAGCAUUGAGCAUUCCCAAUUCUCAGAGUUGAUGGAGAGUCUGCGCCAAGCUGAGCGGAAGAACUGGACACUGGAUCAACACCACAUUGCCAAUCUCUGUGACUCUCUUAAUCACUUCCUUACCCAGACUGGUCAGCUCCCUCAUCUGGUUGGCCCACAGCAGCCCCCUCGAAUCUCUGAUUCUUGUGCCCUGAACAGUGGCAAACAGGAGCAAUCCAUGAAUCAAGUGAACUCCUAUGGUCAGCCCCAGCCUCCCCAUCUCUUCUCCGGUCCAUCUCCGAUGUACCAGAUAUCUACCCAGGACUCUCCAGGAUAUAAUCGCCCAGCUCAUCAUCUGGUCCCUCGGCCUUCAGGGCCUCCUCCAGGCACCAAUGAGGAAAUCCCUGAUGAUUUCGACUGGGACUUGAUCACUUAGCGAGUUACAGACUGAAGAGCCCGUCCUUUGUGAAGGACGCAGGAGGGGAGGGGGACAUGGGGUGAAUGGUGCCACACCACCGUCUCCAGCCUUCCUACCUUGCCUGUAUAUAGAUAUAUAUUCUCUAUCUCUGCCAGAGAAGCCACCGCAAGAUGCUGCCGAAGAUAAUCUUUCAUUGCGUCCUGUUUUAUCUUUUUUUUUUCUUCUUUUGUUUAUUAUUAUUGUUGUUGUUGUUAUUAUUAUUAUUAUCAAUAAUUGAGCACAGCCCUUCCCCUCCUCUGGUGGCCUCGGAUGCAUCAGAUCAAAUCUUGUUGUGUGGUGCCCUGUAUUGGGCGGAAAGACAGGUCCUUGCUGCCACAAAAAGACCUCAGAAAGCUGAAUCCUUGUGUGCAUCUUCUCCUGCCUCUGUCAUUUUGCAUUUAGCAAUCCCUCUUUCCCUUCAAAGCGGACAGUAAAUGUGUUGUAUUGGCUACUGAGUGAGAGUCUGGUAGAGCCCUGUAGUUAAAAGCUGUAAAGGUCAGGAGGCUCAGGGGACACAGCGGAGAGGUGAUUUCAGCUCAGUGAACUGUUUCACACCAGCAGGAAAAGUAAGAAAAGAAAUAGGGAUCCCAAGUGCAAACAGGAUAAUCUCUUUAAGUUGGUAGAGCUAAGCGGAGCCGGGAGGGAAAUCCUGAGUUUGGAGAAAGGGGAAUGUAGUAAAAAUGAUGUUUCAGCAGAGAUAUUGGGUUUCAGAAUGCAGUGCCUCGUAGUGAGGACCAAAAGUGGUUUUGAGAAGAUCCUGACUGCUCUGCCCUUUGCAGUCUCCAAGCAAGUGAAGCCUACAUACUCAUCAGGUGAAAGAAGCAGUCGAGGGUGUUGUGAUCCAGCAAAUUCUGUUUUCCAGAGAUUCUAAUUUCACCUCUGCCCCUUCAGGCCUUUCUUCAAAGUAUGCAGUGAGGCUCUUAACUUGCAUAUGCAGACUUAAAAGUUUUCUCACACUGUCAGUAUUUGCUCAGUUCUUACUUGGCCUUCUGCCCCUCGUACCUUUAUGGAGACUGUCCUUGUCUAUGGCAGCAGUGUCAAUUCUCAGUCAGUGGUUCCCACUUUGUGAAUGAGUUAAUGGUGGAAAGAGGAAGCUGCUGGUCAGAAUGGAGGUGAAGCAGGGGAUUUCUGGUCAAGGAGCUCAGACUCUCUGGUUGAGUGAGAGGCUCUUAGAAGUGAUUUAAGAGCUGCAUUAGAAGAGGGGAUGAAGUAGAGCCGAACAGCCAAAGAGUAUUGUAUGGAAGGAGGGGGGUGGGUCGCUCAGACUCCUUGCGGUUCAGCUGAGGAAGAUGAUGGAAUAGAAUGUAAAUCCCAGUUCAUGGUUUCUGUCAGCAAAUUAGGAAAGCAAAAGAGAUGCAGGAAUUAGUGUUGAAAUUCCUCCUCCCCUAAGCUGUGUCCUGAGUUAGCUUUCAUUUUGUUUUUUUUUCCCUGACAUGGCUGUGUUCUGUCAAACCUCUUGUUUCAUGUUAGUGUUUCGUAAAGCCGACCCCAACCCUUAUUCCCUGUUUAUCAGUGAAAGGAACAAGACAGACAUAAAACGUCGUGGUGGCUUUGACGUACCUGGGGAAGAGGAGGUAAAAAAACCUCUGCUCUGACUGUGGGGAACUAAAAUUGCUUUUAAAAUUUGCUGUAGGGAUAAAUCAAUUGGAUCUUUGUCACAGAAGUGGACAGUCUCAUUGUAUUGGGGAGGGGGGGGCAGUGGGAUGUGGUUUUUGUUUUGUUUUUUUUUGUUUUGUUUUUGUUUUUUUUUUUUCUUUUUUAAAUGUGUGUAUUGAGGGGGAGUUCAUCAGUGAGUAUCUCCAAGAGAAACGAGGAAUCCCAGAGCCAACUAAAGCGUGGAAUUGGCUGUUAUCUGUGCUGCCUCAGGAUGGUGAUGGUACAACUUGGAAGCGCGUGCCAUUGGGUUUCUGUGGAACGUGGCACCAUAGAUGGCUUCUGGUUGGUGCCAGUCAGUGCUUUGCAGAGCAUAUCGCUGAGCCAGCCCUGUGGAAAUCUGCAACCACUGGAAGAAAAAAAGAAAGAUAGCUCCUUCUGAGUAUGAAAGUCCCCACAAUUUGCAUAUUUAUCUUAUCUACAUAUUGAUUUGCUCCUUGUUUGCAUAUGUAAAUACACGCCGGUCAGUGUGCAAAUUAGCCUGGUUCCUCUGCCUCUGAAAUACAUGUGCAUCGUCAAUGCGUGGGAAGGUAUUGGGUUGGCUACGUGGAGCUCCACACUGGUACCAGCUGCAGGGAGCGAAGGGAUGCAAACGUGCCAUGGAGAGUUCCUGCAGGCCCUGCCACAGUGGCAUCGGCCACGGUGCUUUGGGUCAAGGAGAGAGGGGCGUGGUCUCACAAGUUUAUUUUUGUGCAUGCUUUCUUAAUAAAAAGAAAAAGUGAAUGUUUAUGGUUUAA